GCUUUGCAACCCCUUGUCAGCACAGCAACCCCUAAAAGCCUUGAGGCGACGCUUCCUCGUCGAGCUGAGCACUCAUCCAGAUCAUUCGACUUCUGAAGUUGAAACCCACCGCACCACACACACUCAUCCUCUCCACUAAACCAAAAGAAUCUUAGACUCAUUUGGAUAUUCAAGGAUUUAAACGCUGAAGCGUUGAUAAAAAUACAGAACAGAAUGCAAACACAGACCCACACCACCACAGACCGCCAUGGUUACAGCCUGCGCUUUUCGCCUUUCGAGGCUAAUCACAUGCUGCUGGCUACAAGCCAAUUGUACGGUCUUGCUGGAGGUGGCUCUCUCUUUCUGCUCGAACAGAAUCCCAACGGCGAUGAUGGCCAAAAGCUGGCCGAACUAUGCCGUCUGGAGUGGUCCGACGGCCUGUUCGAUGUGGCCUGGUGUCCGUACGCCGCCGACAUUGCGGCCACCGCAUCCGGGGAUGGCUCUCUGCAGAUCUGGUGCGGAUUGGAUGCCGAAUCGGCGACGGCGGACGGACAGCAGACGCCCAAGCAGCCGCUGAUCUGCCUGCAGGAGCACAAGAACGAGGUCUACAGCCUGGACUGGGGCGAGAAGUGGAACUAUCACACCCUGCUCUCGGCCAGCUGGGAUUGCACUCUGAAAUUGUGGGACUGCAACAGACAGCACUCCAUCACCACGUUCGUGGGUCACAACGAUCUGAUCUACGGGGCCAAGUUCUCGCCCCUGAUCGCCAAUCUAUUUGCUAGCGUAAGUACCGACGGGCAUUUGAACUUAUGGAACUCUCUUGACUUUGCAGGUAAACCCCUGAUGAGCAUCGAGGCGCAUGCGAGCGAGGCUUUGUCCUGCGACUGGUCGCACUUCGACAGGAACGUCCUGGUGACGGGAGGAUCGGAUGGACUGAUUCGCGGCUGGGAUCUGCGCAAGAUGAGGACCCAUGUCUUUGAACUGUACUCCGGGGAGUUCGCCGUCCGGCGAUUGGCGUGUUCACCGCACUCGGCGGCGGUUUUGGCUUCAGCGAACUAUGAUUUUACCACAAGGAUUUGGAAUCUGGAACGUGGCGAAUCCGCCCAGGAGAUCAAGGAUCAUCACACGGAAUUCGUUUGCGGCUUGGACUGGAAUCCCCAUCGCGCCCAUCAGCUCGCCGACUGUGGCUGGGACUCCCUGGCCACUGUCUACACCCCGCAGUGCCUGAUCAAUACUGAGCUGGGGGCCUAGGAUACGCCUAGGAUAACUCGAAACGGAAACUGGAUAUUUCAACUGGAACUGGCACUCCAAAAACACUGCUACCACAUUGUGAUAAGGCGCAAGUGGCGUCAAAAUAGCCAGGCCUACAAACACGAUAGCUGAGCUAUACCCAGAGCCUCUAAGGAGCACUAAGGACUAAGGACUGAAACCAUGGACUGGAAGGAACAAAGGACGUGAAGAUGAGACGUGUAAAUAGUUUGUGAUAAACUGGCCCUGUGCAGGUGCCACAAAAUGUCAAUAAAAGCUUACAUAUAUUAUGCGAAUUAUGUGGAUUAUAUAUUACUAUAUAGUGUUGUAUACACUCCUCUUAUUAUUAUUAUACCCUUCUCAAUAAAUCCCCUGGCCGGCGGCUAUAAUUUGCACUCUCAGGCCCUUGUCUUAACAAGAACUUAACGGUUAGGUGCCAAAAGCUGGUACCAGGAUUGGGAUUGGGGACUAGGGAUUGGGGAUUGAGGAUUGA